AGAAGACUGAGAAACCGGAAACAGUUGUGCGUUAGUUCCGGUGGCAAAGAGUAAAGAUGUCGCCGCACUCAUUAAAAUUUGUCGACACUAAAAACAAGUUUUCGGCUUCUAUCACAUCUGCCCUGGCCGAUAAAAACAGCAAAUCUUUGAUAAAUACUUUCAGCCAGAUCAUCGGCAAUGAGGCGGAAAAGAAGACCACACUUGACCAGGCCCUCAGGGGUGUUCUUGGUGAUCAGAUUGUUGAAAAGAAGGCAGGCUGUGAUGAUUACCUGUCUCUCAUCUACCUGAGCAUUGAUGCUGUUACAGAAGGUAUCUCCUCUGCCACAACCCCCUUUGUUCUGCUGGGAGAUGUAUUGGACUGCCUUCCUCUUGACCAGUGUGACAAAAUAUUCUCCUUUGUUGAAGAAAAUGUCUCCACCUGGAAGUCGAACUCAUUUUACACUGCUGGGAAGAACUACUUGUUAAGGAUGUGUAAUGAUCUUUUAAGGCGCCUGUCCAAAUCUCAGAAUACAGUAUUCUGUGGGCGAAUUCAGCUUUUCCUGGCACGCCUCUUCCCUCUGUCUGAGAAAUCAGGUCUCAACCUACAGAGCCAGUUUAAUCUGGACAAUAUAACUGUAUUCAAUAAAAAUGAACAAGAAAGCACUCUCGGACAGAAGCACACAGAAGAAAAGGAAGAUUGUAUGGAGGUGGAGGAAGGAGAAAUGGGGGAGGAUGAUGCUCCACUACCCUGUUCCAUUCCAAUUGAUUACAACUUGUACAGAAAGUUCUGGACGCUGCAGGACUACUUCAGAAACCCUGUGCAGUGCUAUGAAAAAUUCUCUUGGAUGACAUUCCUUAAGUACUCAGAUGAGACCUUGGCAGUAUUCAAGAGCUACAAGUUGGAUGACAUGCAGGCCUCUAAGAGGAAGCUGGAGGAGAUGAGAACAUCAGGGGGAGAACAUGUCUACUUUGCCAAGUUCCUCACAAGUGAAAAGCUGAUGGACCUACAGCUCAGCGACAGCAACUUCAGGCGGCAUAUACUACUGCAAUACCUCAUCCUCUUCCAGUACCUGAAGGGUCAGGUCAAGUUCAAAAGUUCCACCUGUGUUCUGAAUGAUGACCAAACUACGUGGAUUGAAGAAACAACUAAACUGGUCUACCAGCUGCUGAGAGAGACCCCCCCUGAUGGAGACAAGUUUGCCACCAUGGUUGAACAUAUCCUCAACACAGAGGAGAACUGGAAUUCCUGGAAAAACGAGGGAUGCCCGAGCUUUGUAAAAGAGAGGACAGUUGAUGACAAACCUAAAAGACCCACCAGGAAAAGACAAGCACCAGAAGACUUCCUAGGAAAAGGACCAGACCGCAAGAUCUUCAUGGGAAAUGAUGAGCUGACUCGACUGUGGAACCUGAACCCAGACAAUAUGGAAGCCUGCAAGUCAGACAGCAGGUCAGUGGUUCAGAAAACAAGGGAGUUCAUGCCAUCACUAGAUGAAUUCUUCACUGAGGCCAUCGAACAGGCUGACCCUGCUAACAUGGUGGAGGAAGAGUACAAGGUUGUACGGAACCCAAACUACGGCUGGCGCGCUCUCAGACUGCUGUCCAGGAGAAGCCCACACUUCUUUCAACCAACUAAUCAGAAGUUCAAGAGCCUGGCUGACUACCUAGACAGCAUGGUCAGCAAACUGGCUAAAGAACUGCCGAAAGAUAUCCCAUCUGAAGAGAUAAAGACAGGAGAAGAGGAUGAUGACGAUAAUGGAGACAAUCUUCUCAAAGACAGCAAUGACAGUCCGAGCAUACAGAGCAAGCUGGUGACAAAUCAGCAGAUGGAUGACAUUGCAGCUAAACUGGGGGCUCAGUGGAAGAUGCUGGCUUCUCAUUUGGAGAUGAAGGCGGUAGAGUUGCGAGAGAUUGAAACAGACAGUGAAGAUGUUGACAUGCAGGCCAAACUGCUGCUUGUAGCCUGGCAGGACAGAGAGGGAACACAAGCUACUGUGGAGAACCUGACCACAGCUCUUAAUGCUGCAGGGUUCUCCCAGAUUGCAGACAGCCUCAAUGAGGCUUGAAGUAGAUAGUUCAUUACUUUCUCAGUACCUACAUUACAUUGUUGUAUCUUUUUUUUUUUUAGUACCAAAACCAAAUUAUUUUCACUGUAGAAAGUCCAAUAAAAAU